GUCUCUGCUGCCCCGGUUCGAUCGAGUUGUCGAAGUCUCCGCUCUUCUUCUCCUCCUUCUUCGUCGACUUCUUCACCACCAACUCACGCUCCCCUAAAACCCUCCCUCGCCAGAAUAUUCCCCCAAAAUGUCAACGCCUCGUCUCGAGAUCUCUAGGGUUAGGGUUUCAUCGAUCCUCUUCCUCUUCUCCUUCUCCAUUCUCACUUCCCCCGCUUCCUCCUCCAAAAUCCCCUACUCCGCCCACUGCUCCUCCCUCGUCGCAGAGUCCCCGCCCACGACUCCAUCCUCAACCCCAACCCUCGCGUUCCGCUUCUCCGCCGGCUACUUCACUGGCGGUGACCGGAUCCUCGCCUCCGACCCCAACUCCACCUUCCGAAUCCCCAAAUCCCUCUCCUUCCGCCCCCGCUCCCUCCACAAAACCCUAACUCCGACCACCCUCCAGAUCGCCGGAACCCUAGUUUUCAGAGGCGGCGGCAUCCGGGUCUCCAACCACCACCGUGGUCUCCGCUUGCGUAUCAGUCCCCGGAACCCUCGGAGCUUCGCCCAACGGGGCCGUGUCAGCUUCGAUCUCGAUGGGUUCUGGACGGAGUCUAGUGGCAAGCUUUGCAUGGUCGGGACUGGAGUAGCGAGGUCCGCUGAAGGUUUAGCUCUCGAAUUGUCUGCUGUUUUUAAGCUGAAUUACCCGAAUUCUUCGAAUAUUUUGACUAGUGUGGUUUCUGGGGUUGUGGAGAGUUUGGACGAUGUGAACAGUUUGAACUAUUUCGAUCCGAUCAGGGUUUUGGCUUAUGUGCAGAAAGAUUAUGAAUUUACUAAGGUUCCGGCGGCUGUGGGUUCCUGCUCUGCGGUUAAAGUUGACGAGGAGUUGCUAGGGUUUGAGCAUAAUGAUACUUGUGCUUAUCUCAACACACUUUCGAUGCAAAAGUUCAGAUUGAAGUAUGGGGAAAGUUGUUUCGACCCAAUUUGUGGUUCUCCCCGUCAGGAUUUUGGGCUUUCUACAAACUUUAUAGGUUUGAAUGGUGUGCAGUGUUCAGAGGAUGGGAGGUUAAGGAUGUACUUUUUUCUUGCAAAUGGAGAAAACUUUGGGGUUACCAAAAUUAUGGAUCCUCUCAAGACUUUAGUUGCGGAGGGGGUGUGGGACCAUGAAAAGAAGAGACUUUGCCUGGUUGCAUGCCAUAUAUUGAACUUCAGCACUUCUUCAUCGCAAGAAGUUGUAGGUGAUUGCACAAUUCGAUUAAGCUUAUGGUUUCCUUCAGUGUUGUCAAUCAAGAAUAUGAGCAUGGUUUCUGGUCGGAUGUGGACUACUCUAAAUCGAAGUGAGCCUGGAUAUUUUGACAUGGUUUCUUUUGAGAUUGUUGAGAACCGUAUGAUGAACGCCCCAGGGCUGAAAUACAAUUACACUCAAAUUGAUCGAGUGAAGAAGCAUUGUGCAAAGGAUGAUGCUAGAAAAAUAGGGGAAAGGAGGUAUCCAAAUGUGAAGUACCUUGGAGACUUGAGAUUUGACAUGUCUUUAAAAAAUGCUAUAGAUCAAAGUGCAUGGGGCUAUGCAAACCCGGUGUUCAUUGGCGAGAACUUUUACAAUAGGUAUCCACCACUUCAGAUUCAAGUUCCAUCAGUUGUAGAGCCUAACCAGAGUUCUUGGAAUGUAAGCUAUCGAAUAGGGUAUUCAUUUAGUGGUCAACCUUAUCACGCUUAUAGAGUGAAUGAGAUAUCAGCUGAGGGAACUUAUGAUGCUCAAACAGGAGUGCUCUGUUUGGUUGGUUGUCAGCAAGGAGGCUCCUCUUUGGAUUGUGACAUCUUAAUCAAUCUCCAACUCGCUCCAUUGAAUCCGAAGGAGGGAGAGCAUCUUAUUGGAACCAUAAAGAGCAUGAGGAAGACGUCAGACCCACUUUUCUUCAAGCCUCUGAAAAUCUCUUCGUAUGGAAUAUACAAGACACAAGCGUCUGAAACAAUCUGGUGGAUGGAUAUAGAGAUUAUAAUGGUCCUCAUAUCUCUCACAUUUUCAUGUAUUUUCAUUGGGCUGCAACUCUUUCAUAUCAAGAAAUACCCGAAUGUUCUUCCUUCCAUAUCAAUCACAAUGUUAGCUAUUCUUACUUUGGGUCACAUGAUUCCUUUAGUGCUGAAUUUUGAGGCAUUGUUCUCGAGGAACCACAACCAACAGAAUGUUCUAUUUCGUAGUGGUGGGUGGCUACAAGUGAAUGAGGUUUUAGUCAGAGUCAUAACAAUGGUUGCUUUCCUUUUGCUAUUCUAUUUACUUCGAGUUGCAUGGUCCUCAAGGUCAGCAGAUGAGGACAAAAAAGGCUUAUGGGUUGCUGAGAGGAAAACCCUUCUGUUCUGUUUGCCUUUAUAUGCAGUCGGAGGGUUGAUAGCUUUGCUUGUUCACCUAAGCUCUGCUGGAGUUCUAGAAAAAACCCACCGUCAUUCUCUCUGGGAGGAUUUGUUGUCCUAUGCUGGUCUUAUACUUGACAAUUUUCUGCUCCCUCAGUUUAUUCUCAACAUGUUCUGGAACUCCAAAGAUAAGUCUCUUGCCCCUUCCUUUUAUGUUGGAACUAGUUUUGUCCGGGCACUUCCUCAUGUGUAUGAUGCUUAUAGGGCUCAUCAUUAUAUUCCUCAUCUUAGUUUGUCUUACAUUUAUGCUAGUAGAGAUGAGGAUUUGUAUUCAUCUGCAUGGGAUAUUAUUAUUCCUUGUGAAGUAGUAGUUUUGGUUGUGAUCAUAUAUUUGCAGCAGAGGUUUGGUGGUGCUUCCAUCCUUCCUCAAAGAAUUAAAGAGUCAGGUGGGUAUGAGAUGGUUCCUGUAGUUACUCAAUAGCGUGUUUAGGAGUUUUUCAAUGAUGAAUGUGAUAGGAGGAAAUCAUACACAAGCAGAUACGAAGUUGAUGCGUGUAUUUGUGCAAAUUUAGAUUAUAAAUUCAAUGUAAGUCAUAUUUGAAAGGAGAAGAAAAUGGAGUUCAGUUCAAUCA